AUCAUAAGCGAAUUGGUGCAACAAGAACAUUUUGCAGAUGAAAUCGCCGACUUAUCUGCGUCACGUCAACUUGCGAAACGAAGUACUCUGUAAAAGAUAUCGCCAUAUUUGGACGAAAACGGUAUAUUGCGUUUGUGCGGAUGCCUUGAUGCAGCAGCAUUUUACCAUUGCAAGCUCGUCAACCAAUUUUAUUGCCGCAGAAUCAUAUUGUAUCAACAUUAAUAAUUCGACAAUACCAUGAGGAAAGCCAUUAUCAGAAGAACGCGCUAACUAUGAACAACAUAAGACAAAAAUUCUGGAUUCCCAACCUGAAGACGCUUAUCAAAAGCAUCCAACAAAAGUGCCCUGUAUGUCGCUUCAAUAAAUCAAAACCCGUGCCUCCUAUGAUGGGUCAGCUACCUAUUGACCGAGUUACACCAUUUGUACGCCCGUUUACUUAUCCUAGUGUCGAUCUAUUUGGACCAUAUGAUGUCUCGAUUGGAAGGCGCAUGGAGAAAAGAUGGGGAGUUCUCUAUACGUCUUUGACCGUUAGAGUUGUACACAUCGAACUUGCAGAGAAUCUAUCAACCGAUGCAUUCAUCUUAUGUUUACGUAAUUUUCUAAAUCGUCGUGGAACUCCAGUGAGAAUUAGGAGUGACAACGGAACUAAUUUUAUUGGUACACAAAGGGAGCUUGCCUCAGCCGAACAUCUAUUGGACAUAGCUCGUAUCCGUGAAGAAGCCACAAAACAUCAUAUCGAGUGGAUAUUCAAUUGUCCUGCCAAUCCAAGUAGCCUUGGUUGUUGGGAGCGCUUAAUUUAAAUUGUUAAAUCCCUACUCAACAGAACGUUACAGAGAGAACAUACGUUUCAAAGUGUACUGAUAGAAGCAGAAAAUAUUAUUAACUCGCGUCUUUUAACCGAAUAGAAAAUAUGCCUCAAGAAACAAUAGAAGAUUGCGCAGAACCUGAAAGAUCGAUUAUGGAAACGUUGGACCAUAGAGUAUGUACCAAAAUUAUUUCGCCGAGCAAAGUGGCAAGAAGCAGUGCCUCCUCUACAAGUCGGAGAUCUCGUCAAUAUAUGCGAGCCGGCAUUAGCUCGCAGACUAUGGCAACGUGGUCGCAUCACACAAGUAUUUUCAACUAAAGAUGGCCAGGUGCGAGUAGCAGAAGUGAAGACAACUAGCGGACUUCUUCGUAGACCAGCAUCUCGCCUUGCCAGGCUUCUAGAUGAUGGUGAAUCCCGGAGUGAUUCACUGGGGGUGGAGUGUUAGGUCACCCUGUGACAUUUCAAUAUGCUAAUCUUAUUUCUCUUAUGUUAUCAUUUUCUGUUUGUUAUAUUCUAAAUAUAUAUGUACAUAUUUAUAUGGUUAACAGGACCGUUACAUAGCUUGCGGUAACCGAAUUUAGUAUAAACAGAGAAGUUCUUCAAAAAACGGGAUACAGUUUUCAGUCGUGCCAAGCAACACAAUUAUAAAAUACUUAAUCCUGCCUAUACAUUUUUCAGUCAAUUAACGCCUGAAAGUGUAGAGGAUUCCAACACAACUCACAAACCAAGCUGUU